AUCACUAGUAAUACACAAUCAAUUUCCCUGUGGUGUGUCUGUAAAGCUUGAUGACUAUAAAUCUUUAAUUUUCUAUUUUAAUAAACUUUAAGUAACUGGUGUCAUGUCACACAUUGCCAGUAGUUUCAUUUGUGUUCUAAAAUUGUGAACGCUGUAAGGCAAAAUGCCGUCCAUCGAUGUGAUGGGUCCUCCGGGGCAGGCGAUGGACGUGGGAACCCUGCCCGAGGAGCCCCAGGCGCCGCCGCCCCCUGUUAUUGGCAUCAUUUAUCCGCCCCCUGAAGUCAGGAAUAUCGUUGACAAGACUGCCAGCUUCGUAGCUCGUAAUGGUCCGGAGUUUGAAGCGCGCAUCAGGCAAAAUGAACUUGGCAAUCCUAAGUUCAACUUCUUGAACUCCGGAGACCCCUACCAUGCGUACUACCAGCAUAAGGUCAAGGAGAUCAGAGAAGGAAAAGGCCCAGAUCCAUCGGCUCCGUCGCUCGGGCCGCCGCCGAUACAGCGGCCGGGGCUCGCGCCCGCCACCGCAGCCCGACAGCAGGAGCUACUCAAAGCUGCCGCUCCCGCCGAGCCGCCGCCGCCGCGCGACCCACCCCCAGACUUCGAGUUCAUCGCCGACCCGCCGUCCAUCUCCGCCCUAGAACUCGACAUCGUCAAACUCACCGCCCAAUUCGUCGCCAGAAACGGCCGCCAGUUCCUCACAGACCUGAUGAAGAAGGAGGAGCGCAACCAUCAGUUCGACUUCCUUCGCCCCCAGCACUCUUUGUUCCAAUACUUUACGAGGUUGCUUGAACAGUAUACGAAGGUGCUUCUGCCGCCGAAGGAACUUGUCAAUAAGUUGGGAGCGGAGGUUCGGAGUGGGGUGCUUGAGCAGGCUAAGAGUAGGGCGGCGUGGCACUCGCACCAGGCGCGCCGCAAAGCAGCAGACGAGGCGAGGAUCGAAAAAGAACGGUUGGCUUACGCCUCAAUCGAUUGGCACGAUUUCGUCGUGGUCGAAACUGUUGAUUACCCCGCCGGGGAGCCGGGCGACUUCCCUCCGCCCACGACUCCUCUAGAAGUGGGAGCAAGAGUGUUAGCACAAGAGAGAGGCGAGAACAUCAAUCUGGCGCAGGACGAUGACGACACUGAGAUGCAACUUGAGUCGGAGUCGGAGUCCGAGUCCGAGUCUGACCUGGACGAGAUGGAGGACCGCACGCAACAGCAGCAAAGGCCGGAUGAUAAUCGCGUGCAAGACAUGGAGGAAGACUCGUCUUCGUCGGAGGAGGAAGGCGACACAGUCCGUCCGGGCACAGACGAGGCGCCGCUGCCGCCUCGCCUGGACCGCGUGGUGGUCAAGAAGUACGACCCCAAGCGCGCCCGGCCCGCGCCCGCGGCCGCCAGCGAGGAGUGGCUGGUGUCGCCCAUCACGGGAGAGAGAAUCCCCGCCAACAAGGUGGCGGACCACGUGCGCAUCGGUCUGCUGGACCCGCGCUGGCUGGAGCAGCGCGACCGCGCCGCCGCCGAGCGCACCGACCGCGACGAGGCGCUCGCGCCCGGCGCCGCCAUCGAGGCCAGCCUCAAGCAGCUCGCCGAGCGUCGUACGGACAUCUUCGGCGUGGGCGACGAGGAAACAGCCAUCGGCAAGAAGAUCGGCGAAGAAGAGAAGCGGCGCGACGACCGCGUCACGUGGGACGGACACACCUCCAGCGUCGAAGCCGCCACCCGCGCCGCGCGCGCGCACAUCACGCUGGAAGACCAGAUCCAGCAGAUACACAAGGUCAAAGGCCUCCUCCCAGACGAGGAGAAAGAAAAAAUCGGUCCGAAGCCGGUGGCGGGGGCCAGCGCCCGCCCGCCGCCCCCGCGGGCCCCUCCCCCGCGCGCCCCUGCCCCCGCUGUGUUGCUGCAACCGCUGCCGCCGCUAAUGGUCAUACCGCCGCUGGCGCCGCGUCCGCCGCUCAUACCCACGCCAGGCGGGCCAGCAUACGGCUUCGCAGCAGCAGCAGCGCCGGUGCCGGCGGCGCCGCCGCCCGACGAGGACGACGCGCCGCUGGCCAAGCGCAUGCGCACGGAAGACGCGCUCGAGCCCGAACACGCCUGGCUCGCGAGGCAUCCCGGCACCGCGCCCAUGCAGGUGUCGAUCCCGUCCCAGCCGGAGCGGUCUGAGUGGCGGCUGGACGGGCGGCCCAUCCAGGUCAACCUGCCGCUGUCCACCACCGUCGCCGAGCUUAAGGCGCUACUCCAGCGGUCUACCCUCAUGCCCACCGCCAAGCAGAAGCUGCACUACGAGGGUCUAUUCUUCAAGGACUCCAACACGUUGGCGUACUACAACGUGCCCCCAGGCGCUUUACUGCAUCUGCAGGUGAAGGAGCGCGGAGGAAGGAAGAAGUAAACGCAAACUGGGUUAGAAUUCUUUGUCACUUUGUAUUUAACGCAAUAAGUAUGAUCCCAAUAAACGAUAUAUUGUGAAGUA